UAAAAGAAGCCAGUCUGAUUAAACUUUAUUAUUGAAGACGUCGAAGUAAUAUUCGUAAGAUCUAAAGAUGCGGCAAAUUGAAGAAUUUGUGUAUAUAGUAUUAUAUCUACAAUUUUUCAUCCACAAUGUGUCUACAUUUAAUAUUGAUAUUUUAUCAAAAAAAAAUAUCAGUAACACAAACAACAUAAUGCGGAUUAGUGAAUGGGAAUGCAGGUCCAAUAAUGAUUGUACAGCAAAAAAUAGUAUGUGCAAUAAUAAUCUGUGUCAGUGUGCCUCCGGAUAUAUUUUUAACGCCGAUAUGACGGCCUGCAUUAAAGUUGCAACUAGAUUGUAUGAUUCAUGCGAGGAAACAGUACAGUGUUCAGCUUAUCUUCUUAGCGGCGCUAAAUGCGUCGAAAAUGUUUGUGUGUGUGGUCCUGGUUUUUAUUAUUUACACGGUAGAUGUAAUCGAUAUGUUGGCUUAUUCGGGAAAUGCGAGCAAAAUAUCGACUGUUACGUAAAUGCUGAUUUCGAAGCGAGCACUUGCGAUGCGGAGGAAAAAAUUUGCAAAUGUAGUCUUGGCUUUUAUUUGCGCGAAUAUCGCACUUGUCGGCGAGAGGGAAAAGCCGUCGGCGAUGAGUGUACAGUUGAUAUCGAUUGUACUUUCGGUACUGCAACAUGCAGCGAUUUCAUGUGCGCUAUUGAAUCCAAAUUCGAUACGGCGGUCGGACUUUCGUACGACGUUUCGAUCGAAGGAACAGUGGAUACAAAUACUCGGGUGGGCGGUAAUUGUAUGACCGACGAGGACUGCAGAGUAGUGGAAAAUGCCAUAUGCGGUCCUACUGGGACAUGCACUUGCUACCGUGCACAUUUUGAAUCCAGCACAGGCAUCGCGUGUAUUCCAGAACUCGGGGAGCCCUGUCAGAAUAACGACGUCAGCUACAUCCAGAAAUCCAUUUGUCGUGGAGGGAGAUGGAGUUGUACAAAUGGCACGGUUGCAUCCAAAGAUAAUCGUCAGUGUCUUACUGCAACCAGAGAGUAUAAGGGAAGUUGUCAUCAGGAUGAGCAGUGUUAUAUCUUUGGUCCAGAUGCUGUGUGCAGUAAUAAUAAAUGUGUAUGCAAUGAGAAUAUUUCCCAUUAUGUGGAAAACGAACUUUUUUGUUGGGGAAAUACGGGAGUCGGCAAGACUUGUAUACGUGAUCAAGACUGUUUCGUUAAAGAUUUCAAAGGCAAUUUAAUAUGUAAUGGUACAUGCAACUGUCCUCAUAAUACACGGUUAAGCAAGGACAACAUGGCUUGUAUAGGACCAACAGAACUCGGAGGGUUUUGCGAAAUAAAUGAGGAUUGCGUAAUACCAUAUUCUGUUUGUAAUGAAAAAGUAUGCUCGUGUGACGAGAAUUAUUAUGAAGCAAAUAAACUUUGUUUGCCAGGUAUCAAUUCUACCUGCAAUAAUAAUGAAGAUUGCACACCGGAACACUCUAUUUGUAACUCUAACAAUUGUUCUUGUGAAGCGAAUUAUGUGGCUGUAGCUAUAGAUUUAUGUGUGCCAGUAUCAUUGUACGGCGAGCCUUGUUCAAUAGAUGUUCAAUGUUCCGCUAUUACACCUGGUGCAAUUUGUGCACUUAAGAACGAAAGCAAUGUAAUGGAAUCGUCGAAAGAAGAAGACAAAAUUUGUACUUGUAACAAAGAAGAUUAUUAUACAUUAGGAAAAUGUUUUAAGAAAAAGUUUCUCGGUGAAAUUUGCAGGAGUAUAGGUGAAUGUUAUGGAAGUUCCACUUGGAAAGAAAUAGUUUGCAGGAACGAGAAAUGCACAUGUGAUUGGGGUUACAAGAUAUCGAAUAAUCGUACCUGUAUAAGACAUCCGCAAGCUGCAAAAUUUUUUUUGAAAGGCGGUGCCAGCAACAUGGUGUCUACGGAAUUAUUUUUAAUCAUAUCCUUAUAUUUUCUAGUAAAUUAUUUUAGAUUUGUAUGAAAAAAACAAUGAUCUUUUACAAUAAUAACAAAAAUAUAUAAAAAUUCUAUAACAAUCUAGAAUAAAUCUAUCGUUGUUGUUACAAAUAACUUUUUGAUAGAAAACACAUACACAUCAAGAAU